AUGGACGCGUUUGAGCUGGUUGUGAACGCGCCCAAGGGAGUAUACCAUUUGGUAUCACCAAGCUUAGGGAACCUUCAAGAUCUAGUGGUUCUUGACUUAUCGUCAAACAACAUGGUAGUUUCUUUACUUCUAGAAAUUGGAAAUCUAAAGGCUACGACACUAAUAGAUCUGUCAAUGAAUCAAUUUUCAUAUAGAAUUCCAAGAGAAAAUGCAGGAUUGCAGAAUCUGGCACACCUUUCUUUGAUACACAACAAUUUGCAAGGAUCUAUACCUGACUCAAUGAGCAGCUUGGUAGGUUUGGAAUUCCUAGACCUUUCUCACAAUAGUAUAUCUGGUAUCAUUCCUAAGUCUUUGGAGAAACUUCAAAACUUGAAGUAUUUCAAUGUUUCUGUGAACAAAUUGUAUGGUGAAAUACCCUCGGGAGGUCCAUUCAAGAACCUCUCAAGUCAGGUUUUCAUCUACAAUGAAGCAUUGUGUGGUUCUUCAAGAUUUAGUGUCGCUCCAUGCCCCACUUCAUCAAAGAACAGAUCAACUAGGAAAAAAUUGUUAGUUCUUUUUCUUUUGCUGGGAAUGGCACUAGUAGUUGUUCCUAGCACCUUUAUUUUGUUCUGGAUAAUGUAUAGAAGAGGUAAAAGAGCUCCUCAACAAUCUGAUUCAUUGUCUGCCAUAACAAGAGAGAGAAUUUCAUAUUAUGAAUUGAUCCAAGCAACUGAUGUGCUUAGCGAGAGUAAUCUGAUUGGUUCUAGAAGUUCUGGCUCUGUUUACAAAGGUGUUCUUAGAAGUGAAACUGACAUUGCAGUUAAGUGUUCAACAUGCAACUGGAUGCUGCAUUCAAGAGUUUUGAUACGGAAUGUGAAGUGUUGUGCAGACUUCACCAUAGGAAUCUCUUUAAAGUCAUUACUAGUUGUUCCAAUCUUGAUUUCAAGGCUUUAG